AUGGACCCUGGCGAACAACCCAUGGUUUUAAAAUGGCUUUCACAAGUAGAAGAAAUGCUUAUAGCAAGGAGUGCUCCUGUUUUGCAAGUUAGCCAUGCCAGGGGUGAUCAAUACAAAUAUAUAGGGCACACCAUUAAUUUCCCACAAGACAUUUCAGAAAUAGCAACUACUUUGCCAUGCAAAUUCCAACAUUUGGAGAUUGUGAUUAUUCGAAGGACAAAUCUCGAAGGGAAACAAUAUGACUGUUAUGUAAACAAGUUCCAUGUUAUGGUCGCAUUGAAUUACAAAAUUCAACAUGACCAGUACUACAGUGAUGUUAUCAUUGACGCUGCAGUUGUUGAUUUAUUGCCACAAACAUCUGCCGAUAUAUCUAAUUUUUUAUAUACCCUUCCAAAUUCCUUUGAUCUACAUCCUCCUUCACCAACACAAGAGCCACUCUAUAAUGAUGAUGAAGUUGAAUUACAGGCCACAUCAUCGUUCAUCCCAAAGUUGCCAUGUUCAACCCCUGAACUAGAUGCCAUUAAAAAGAUAUUGCACCUAGAUAAGGAUGAUCAAAAUGUUGCUGCUUGGCUUGAAAUAAGUUUCUCACCCAUUAAUGAAUACAACACUGAAGGCUUGUUUUCUAUGGCUUUCCCAACAUUGUUCCCAAGCGGAUCUGCACUGCCACUCCAACCAAGGACAAAACAUGUUCACUUGCACGAAUAUGCUUUGCACUUGAUAAGAUAUCAUGACCAAAGAUUUGGACAACAUGUUAGGUUCAGAUAUUAUCUUUACAAUCUAAUUAUGAGACACCGUUCCCAACAGUCAGCUUCAGUUUUCCUACGGACCAACUUAGAAGACUCCAUCCAAACUACAUUGCAAGCUUUGUGUGAACAGUUGCAGUCUACACCUUCCGAUCAAUUGCCAAACCAAUUAAUGUAUUUUGCAGCUUCAUUGCGAGGCACAAGAGCUUAUUGUAAUAGAUCCCACAAGGAUCUCACUACAAUGGUACACCAAUUGGGAGCACCUACAUUGUUCUUCACAUUGAGUGCAAUUGAUACAAAAUGGCUAGAGCUACAUAAAUUGUUUCCAGCUAACUCCUCUUCAGAAUUCCAAUCCACAAAGAAAAAAUUUAUACAAAAUAUUUUCCACAAUCCACACGCUACAACGUUGUUCUUACAUUUUAGAUUCACAAUAUUUCGUGAGGAGAUUAUUGACAAAGUUUUGAAAUCAAAAGACCAUUGGUAUAGGUACGAAUGGCAACAUCGUGGCUCCGCACAUAUACAUGGCUUUUUGUGGUUGUCGAAUGCACCUGAUAUGGACAAUUUAGACUGGUCUAACUAUGAUGUUGUGCAAUCAGCUAAGUCCUUUUUUGAUAGGUAUGUUACAACAUGGAAUCCUUGCAACCAAGUUUCCCGAGACAAUAGACUACACACUACUUCACUGUUUCAUCCAUGCAUGGCUGAUACAAACCAAAUUCUAUUUGCUAACCCUCUCUCUGAUUAUGAGGAACUCGUCAAUGUUGUUCAGCGGCAUACAAAAUGCUCUACUCAUACUUGCUUAAAAAAAGAGGUCGAGCCCUCCAUUGUCGAUAUAGAGCCCCUUGGCCCGAGCAAUAUUUUUCAACACUGA